GUGCUGGGAUUUGCGCGGUCCGGUCGGACAGCUCGGUCGGAAGAGGAAGAAGUCAGCGCUUAGGUGGCACGUGCCACGUGGCACACGCGCAGUCCGGCCGUUGUUCGACAGAACGCAAAGAUGGAGAGGCACGGAUCUGCUGACGUCCUGCACGCCGCCGGCGCCCCGACGCCGAGCCCCGAGGUCGCCUCGCGGACCACCAUGAUGGCCGCACCUGCCACAAAUCUUCGCGUCUCCGCUGCCUCAAGUGCGGUGUGACACACGCCAGCAUCAACGCGCUUCAGCUGCUGUGUGCGCCAUCGGCCCCGACCUGACUUUGUUCGGCGCGACCGACGCGCGAUCCCCUCGUAAACCUGGCUCCAGCAGCGCCAUCCAAUCCGCACGACCGGCCCGCCUCACGGGCACGUUCCCUCACGGGAGCCCAGACUGGUGAAGUGGUGCAAUAUUCGCCGCCCGUCGAGCUUCGAGCCAAUGUGCCUGUGAUGGUGACUGAUACCAGUGGCUUCGAGGACCAUGUUGUGGUGCCACACAGGCAACAGCGGAGUCGAACGCCAAGCGUGGCAACGCCCUCACCGAUGCGCCGAAGCCCCCACGGAGGGGAGGAGCAAGAAAGUGAAGGAACUGCAGGUGCUUCGUUAUCUGCGCUUGAAAUGUCGUCCGUGCCUGAGGACUUCAUUGUGCCAGAGGCACAAUGGACGCUUUCGGCCAAGACCGAGCAACCGGGAUGCACCGCUGAGAGUGAUGGCAUGCCUGCUGUCCCGACAAUAAGUGAUUGGGAGGACGUGAAUGGCUUUCCGCUGAAAACGCUUUCUGAGGCUGGAUCACCUCCUUCGCGUGGUCACGCUCCCCCUGGCUACGACGCUGGCAAUACUCGUGUCUCAGUUACGCACCACAAGCGCAAUUCAAAGAAUAUCGGCGAUGAUUUGCGCAUGUGGGAGCGCGAAUCUCGAAGUACAGAAGACGACGAAGAACAAUCUUGCUGUCGUCCUAACACGAGUUGCAAAAUUUCUACGGACGCAGGGCGCGGUAGGGAAUAUAGAGAGCGUCGUGACUCAAGGCCAGUCGACGACCGAGGCAGCGAAGAAAUCCUAAAUUUCAAAAGAAGUUGCGACAGUUUUGACUUCGGUAGUUGUCAGAGAGGCGGAGGAGUCCCCGUGGGAGACCAGGAUUUGAAAAGAGACUGUCAGUCUAAUAGAGGAGCUGAUCGGAGAGAUGUUUCGGAAAAGGACUUCGGGCGCUACUACAGAAAAGACGGAAGAAGACGACCGAAAGAGGACAGAGCGUCGGGUGACUUAUAUCACGAUUACAGGAGGGUGCACUGGAGGUGUGACAACUAUGAGGACCGGAGAGCGCAUAGGGACGAGAAAUUCGGCGCCGACUACCACGAGCCCGUUCGUUUCCACAAUCGGGCAGACCAGUGGAGGAUGGAGAAAAGUCACGACAAACGAAAGGAACAUCGAUUCGUCCGCACUAGUGACCGUUACGUCGACAGGCGUGACUACUACGACAGGCGUGACUACCGCUCCAGUGACAACCUUCGAAAAUCACCCGGAACCUUCCAGGAACCUUGCCUGAAUGAACAAGACCGGUGGACCGAACGAACACACCUCAAACGUGAGCCUGACAUUUAUUCUUGGGAUCAACGAAAAUCAUACAGUUUUAGCAGGCAGCCCAAAUUCCAAGGCGAUGACCUCUCAAGUGGCGCUUUCUGCGACCGCAGUUGCGUUAACGACGCUACUUGCGAUUACAAACACGGCGAUUACGGGAGAAAACGCGACGGCUACAAUCAUUACUACUACGCACCACGUUUGGGGCACGAAGAGGUGUACUACGAGGAGUUAUACCGGAACAACCCAGCGUACAAGCAGCACGUUGAUGCAUACUAUUCCCGUUUUGGCUACAGCACUGCGCAGCAAAUUGACUGGUGGAAUGUGCGCGCUGGACCAUUGUCCGCCGACGCGUAUUUGCGCCAGGAUCAAAAUUUUGCCGACAACCAUGUCCAGGACAAUGCGCCCCAGCUACAAGAAGUGCUGAAGUUCCCGCGACCGCACCCUAUUGCCCGUUUCUGCGGCGUCAAUGGCCUGGUCAAGCUGGUUCCCACCAUCAGUGGAAAUAACCCGCCGCAGCUCAUCGAACUUCACAGCCUCACACCCUUGUUACAAAAGGACCCCAGCUUCCGCGAACUGGGUGCAUUUCCAGGACCUCUGAUUAGGUCUGAAACGCACAAGGACACCGUGAUCCACUUCUGCAAGGAGAAGAUCGCGUCAUUUGCCGAAAGUUCCGACUUGCCCGACCGGUCGUCGCACAUUCUGCUCUGGGAGCUGCUUGUGCUCAUGCUCAGACAGAAUGGGCUGGUCUCAGGUUCCGAAAUUGCAGAGCUGUUGGUUAGGGACUAUGAAAUGUUGGAGCCGACACCUUCGGUGCUAUGUUCCCCGCCAAAGUGCGAUUGGGAUGCGGAUGUAUCAUCCAAAAGCUCCGGUGUGUACACCAGCUCGUCGUUUGAUGAGGACAUCGUGGUGUGCGAUGGUAGCCAGCUCGGAACCACUGCCACUGGUCACGCACUCGCGAAGUUCCGCGAGUUCUUGCUCUUUGGACGCAAAAAGUGCGCUUUGGAGUGGGCUGUGAAGCAUGGUCUCUGGGGCCACGCGUUAUCGCUGGCCUUAAGGAUGGACAACAAAACGCAUGCAGCCACGAUGACUCGUUUCACCAAUGCUCUGUCCCUGAAUGACCCUCUGCGUACGCUGUACCACCACCUCUCUGGAAGGCAACCCGCUGCCGUCACGCUCGUUGCAGCCGAGAAAUGGGGUCACUGGAGGCCUCAUUUGGCCAUGAUCCUCUCCAACCCAUCGACAUGCCCGGAAGCGGACGCCCGGAGUGUCACCAUUCUUGGCGACGCUUUAGCCAGCCAUGGCUGCUUAUCGGCAGCGCAUUUCUGCUACGUCGUCGCCCAUGCCGAGUUUGGAUCGUAUCCUCGCAAGUGCAGCAAGCUUGUAUUGCUCGGAGCCAGCCACCAGACGCUCCCGUUUCGCGAGUUUGCGUCCAACGAGGCAAUCCACUGCACUGAAAUCUACGAGUACGCCCGCUCUCUGUCCGACCCCAGCUAUAUGCUACCGCACUUGCAGGAGUACAAGUUUCUCCAUGCCAUGCGGCUCGCUGAGUACGGCUUUCCGGAAGAGGCGCUUCUCUACUGCGAGGUCCUGGCAAAGACAAUGGCGCAGCACUGCGUGUCGAUGCAGAUAGCAGCGCAGACAUACGAGUUGGCCAACCGAUUGAAGUACCACGUGCCACAGUUCAUCCAAGAGCAAACGGAGCUACACGAGAUCGGCGAUGCUCCUUGGCUGGAUGCUCUUGCCCAAAUGGUCUCUGAACAUCGAGUAGCUGAAAAUAGCGCCGUUCCCCAGGCUGGAGAUGAUUGCACCUUUAGAAACGAUGGAGAGAGUGAUGGAACGGGGUUCAUGGCUGAGAUACUGAGUGCGGACAGCGGUUUCCAGAGUCAGCCAAAUGUUGCCAGCGCGGAUUUUGCGGGGUGCAACCUCGACGGAUAUGGUCUUCGGCAGCCAGAAAACUACUUCAGCUCUUACAUGGACACUUCUGCGUGCAAGGAUAUUACACCGCCGGUAGAACAGCGGAGUCCAAUGGACACGCAGACUGCAAUCUCAGCUCCGGCUGAUCAAUGCAGCUGGGUGACGGAAGACGCCGCCCGUGACGCCUCUCAAAUGCAAGCAUCGGCCGAUCUUUCAUCCCUUGAGACAGCUCCUCUAACUGUCGAAGGCGGUUCUCAAUCACCACCGCCUCACCUAUCGACAUUGGCACAGCCUCCGGACGAACGCAACUUCACGGGUACGUGUUCUCCACGUCGCACCGAGUCACGUGUCACAGUAGGGAAAAGGUCGCCGCAGACACUCUCUUCGGCACCAUCUAGUCCGCCUGUAAGCACGCAGGCCAUGCGAUUCGACUACUACAGUGCUUCAGCUUAUCCGCAACACCCCGGAACUGUGACCUCGCUGAAUUACGGUGGCGGCGUUCGUGUCCGGCGAGACACCGUUGACGACACAACCUCGUCCUCUGUGCACGCGUGUUCAUCGAAGCGCUCAAGCUCAGGGCCGGAACGCGCCAGACCAGCUACCGAUAAGCCACGAGAAGCUGCUAGGAAGAGCUGGCUGGGGGCCAUCUUCGAGAAGAUAACUCCGAGGCAACCCAACCAGAUCAUUCUUCCGGACGACAGUGACCCCUGCAUUGUGUGGGACGAAGAUAAGAAGUGCUGGGUGGACAAGAAUGCAGCACCCGGUGAAGCGGACGGGCAGAUGGCGGCGCCUCCAACGGACUCCAGUUUUGGAAGCCAGGAACCGUUCAGCGGCAAGUCCGGACAGAACCGGUUUCACUUGAGCAAGCAGCGCUCUUUGCGCAGCCGAUACGUGGAUGUGCUUAACGCAGACAGCUGCAGUAAAGCGUCUGGUGACUCUCCCUCAGUGCCGACGCCGUUUUUAGAAGAGCAACCGGCUUCCACGCAAGGCGCGCCCCAGUUUUUCGUUCCCCAACUUACGAGCCAACAGUGCGGCAGCUCUGGCUGUGACUUUGUUUCUUGUGCUCCCAUGCAGGACCAGACAGCGAUUCCGGCUCCGCCGUUAUCACCAGGGGCAUCGGCACAUUACUGGUCAUCGCCCAUGCCCACGUCAACGCCCAUGAUGUUCAGUCCGACCUCUUGUACCGCAGCCUGAUAGACACUGGAGACAUCAGCUUCAGGGUUCCUUUUCAUGUUUUGUGCAAACACAGAUCAUUCUUUGUCGCUUCCUCCACACUGAGUGGUGCUAUUU